AUGUACCUGGAGCCUUGGCAUGCGGACGUCCUCGACUUCCUGGAGCUCAGGAAGAAUCACGGGAAGGAGGAACAGCGCGCCAGGGACCUGUUCUAUGGUCUUUGGAUCCCGGAUCUCUUCAUGAAGCGUGUGAAGGACAACCAAGACUGGACCCUCUUCUGCCCAAACGAGGCCUUUGACAAGUCCACCGGCAAGGGCCUGAUGGAUGUUUGGGGCGAGGAGUUCGAAGCCAUGUACACGCGCCUCGAGAAAGAGGGUAAGGGCCGGAAGACGAUGAAGGCUCAGCAUUUGUGGUUCCGAAUCCUGGAGUCCCAGAUGGAGACCGGAACACCUUACAUGCUCUACAAGGACAG